AGUAAAAAUUAUUUGGUUAUAUAUUUAUUUCUUUUAAUAAAAAGAAUUCUUACUUACAUAUGUAAGUAUACAUAUGUAAUCGCGCAUGCGUAAUUAUCAAAAUAUCAUUGCUUAUCGGCUGUGAUAGUGAAUGAUGAAUGAUGACUGAUCACUGAUCAUUAAUAAAAAGUCUAGGUUUAAACUGAAGUGAUUGCAAGAUGAGUAUUUUUUUUAUAUGUAUUUAAUUUGUUAUUAUGUUUAUUAUAUAAAUAAACGAUAUAUUUAUCAUUACAUACUUAUAAAGUAUUUAAAAAUAUUAUAUUUGUAUUUAAUAUUUGACAAAAUAUUAUUUAUUUAUAAAUAAAUCAAUUGGUUUCUUUUAAAUAUUAUUUUGCUAGUUUAAAACUCUCAAAUGAACGAAAGUUGUAUCUAAGAGAAAUUUAAUGCUCUAUUAAAUUACUUAAUAGUAACCAAUCAGACAAUUUGAAUCUGUUUGCUCUCCCCUUCUUUCUAAUUUGAUAUACGGAUAUAAGUCUCUUCAGAAGUCCGUAGUUUUGAUAAGUUAAAUAUAAUAUCUUUUAUUAUUAAAAGUGAUAAAUAAAUAAUUUUUAAAGGUUUCUAACAAUAUAACAUAUAAUUAUGGAAAAGAAAACUUCUAUGAAAUCUACUCAUUGGAUAUUGCAACCAUGGAGUCUUCUGUUUCUUAUUUUAAUUCAAUUUUUAGUACAAUUUUUAACAUCUACCUAUCUUUAUACUUAUGUGGCUCAUGUGGAAACAAAUAUUCUUAUUAUGCAAAAACAAGACUUUUUAGAAAGUGAAAAAUUGAUACGAAGAAAACGAAGUAGUGCAUUACCUGUGACAGAAGAUAAUAAAGUUUCAGAUACAUCCAGAAUUUGGCAAGAAAAAGAUACAUUAAAAGAAUCUAAAAAAGUAACUUCAUCCCCCAUAGCAAAGUCAGCAUCUUCUCCAAUUACUCCUAUCGGACAUGAUUGGGUAUGGUUAAAUGCAGAUACUCGUGUACAGCUUGAUGCAAUUGAAAAUUUUUGUCGAUCAUCAAUGAAAUACUGUCCACCAGGAUUACCAGGAGCACCAGGAAGUCCAGGUGCUCCUGGAGAACCAGGUAUUUCUGGAUUACAAGGUCCAAAAGGAUCACCUGGUUUGACUGGUCCUUCUGGUCCUCGUGGACCAAAAGGUGAUAUAGGACCUUCUGGCUUUGAUGGAAGAGAUGGAAUCCCGGGAGAACCUGGUCUUGAUGGAAUUCCUGGACGUAGUGGUUUAGAUGGAUUACCUGGAAUAAAUGGUAAACCAGGAUUAAAUGGAUCUCCUGGUCGGCCUGGACGUAAUGGUACAGAUGGAAGGCCAGGUCAAAUGGGACCACAAGGACCACCUGGACCGCGUGGAGAAAUGGGUCCUCCUGGUAGACCAGGCUUACCAGGACAAGAUGGCAAACCAGGGAUAACAGCCUGGAAGGUGAACAUGAAUAAUUAUAAUACAGAUGAUUUAUUAAUUCCUCCUUCUAUAUUGGAUGAUCGAAUGUUACCUGUAACAUUAAAUUCUACUGGAAUAAUUUCUGUUUAUGAAGGGACAAAUUUGCGAUUAAAAUGUGCAGCAAGUGGUAAACCUGAACCUAUUGUUCAAUGGUUUAGAAGUGAUGGUAUUGUCAUUCCUAUAGGAUCUUGGCAUGUGACUUCUAUAAUUGGACAUAUAUUUAAUAUCAGCGUAGUUAAUCGAGAACAUAUGGGAGAGUAUACUUGUGUCGCUGAUAAUGGAGUUCCACCUAGAGCAUUUAAAAAAUUUAAACUUCAAGUUAAAUUUUCUCCUUUUAUUCGAAUACGUAAUCAAAUGAUUCAUGUACGUAGUCAAAACAUUGCAGUUUUAGAAUGCGAAGUUGAGGCAUUUCCAGAACCAAUUACUUAUUGGGAACGUGAAGAUGGUCGUCGUCUUAAAAUGUCCGACAAAUACAGAUUUGAAAUUCAUGAUAGAAAAGACAUGUAUAAACUUAAAAUGCGUUUGAAGAUUACAAAGAUAACAUCAGCUGAUCAUGGUACCUAUUAUUGUGUUGUUAAAAAUGAUGUUGAUACUACUAAAGGUUCUUUUAUAGUUAAUGAUAUUUUAGAUGAUAUAAAAAAUAUGGAAAAAUCAAAAAUAGGAAAACAGCAAUAUAUUACAUAUGGAAAGCCAGCACCACAACAUGUUGAUUUAGAAGAACUUUGUGCACCACAUGAAACUUGUGCUGCUUGUCCUGUUUUAAGAUGUACUUUUACAGAUAUCGCUGAAUAUUUAAAUAUUCAACCACUGAAAAAUGUUACUUUUAGUGGACUUCCACCAAGAUUAGCAGAUGGUAUAAUAGAAGCAGUAGGAAAACCAGUUUUAAAAGGUACUAUGGAUGAUCAUUAUGGAAGUUGGAUGCAUGACACAUCUAAAUCUGAUAUUUAUCCGGAAAAACUUUGGGUUACUCGAAAAAAUGAAACUUCUUUUAUUUUUGAAUAUAAAUCAAAAGAUCAUUUUAAAAAUGCCAGUUCAUAUUCUAUUGCAUUACCAUAUCCAUUUCAAGGAAAUGGACAUGUAGUAUAUAAUAGAUCUUUUUUUUAUAAUCCUAUAAAUCGAUCUUCAAUUUUUCGUUUUAAUCUCCAUUCUAUUUCUGAUCAAGUAUGUGAUAAAGAAUUUUCACGAUGUGAAUUACAUCUUCCAGGAUUAUUAGUAAAUACAAAAAAUUAUUUAUAUACACCGAAUCAUAAUUUUAAUUAUGUUGAUUUCAAUGUAGAUGAAAAUGGAUUAUGGGUAAUAUAUGGAUUACCAUCAAAUAAUACAGUAGUCAUAAAAAUGGAUGCAAUUAACAUGAAUAUUCAACAUGCAUGGAAUAUUAGUAUAGACAAUCAUAAAUUUGGAGAAAUGUUUAUUGCUGGAGGAGUGCUUUAUGCUGUCCAUAGUGUUACAGAAGAAACAAUGAAAAUAAGGUUGGCUUUUGAUCUAUAUAAAAAUAUUACAAUACCCGUUCAUUUAUCAUUCACAAAUCCUUAUCAUAAAACUACAGCAGUCAGUUAUAACCAUAAGACAAAAGAACUUUAUACUUGGAAUAAAGGAAAUCAAUUAGCCUAUCCUAUAAAAUAUCAGGGUUUCACAAAUGCUACAAUAAAAGAAGAUAUGAGGGGUACAGAAAUUGGAAUUUAAAAUUAGUAUUAAAAUGACAUUGAAAAAUAAUGAAAUGUAUGUUUUGUCCUUUAAUUUUUUAUUAAUGUACUAAUAUAAAAG